AUGGAAUCUGAAGAUAUUUUUCAUUCAACCUCCGAGCCAGAGAUUGAGGAGGUCAAUGAUUCUCCUUCAACCAUUGUGGCUGAGGAACAUGAUCAUCAUAAAGAAGAUGAAACACAAUCUGCUCAAGAUGAUGAUGAUGAUCUUUAUGGUGAUGUCGAGUUUUUGAAGGAAAUUGAUUUUACAGGGAUUAGUGAUGACAUCCUGACAAAUAUAGAAUUUGAUCUUGAUGAUGAAGAAUUCGGUCCUUUUCCUGGAAUUCCCAGCAGCUGUCCUGUAACAAUGUAA